AUGGCUUCCCUCUUCAACGCCGUCGCUGGCCUCUCGCUGGCCUCAAUUGCACUUUCGUCGCCUGUUGCACCUCACAUCCAUGCGCGACAAUACAAUGCGACAAGCCCUUGUGCGCAAGUCAGCGCUGCCAUUGCCGGAAAGAACAUUACUGCAGGUACUGCGACUGUACCCGCCGAGCUCGCAUGGGAUUGCAUCAAUUCUGUCCCAUUCAACCAGAGCGCUGCUCUCGCCCUGGUGGACGGCGUCGUCCCGUACUUUAGAUGGCAAAGUAACACUGUCUGGCUGAAGGACCCUCCAGCAGAGUAUGCUGAGAAGGUACAGCCACCAGUCGACAUCUGGGGCGGGCUCGAGGAAAUCAGAGGGAAGGUUACAUCCGGAGCGUAUGAGAAUGAGUAUGAGUUCGGAUUCGAGCUCUACACUCUCUUGCAAAGCACCCACGACGGUCACUUUGUGUACGUCCCUGAUGUUGUAGGCACUGUCUUUAACUUUGCUCGCCCGGUACCUCUGGUAUCCGUCUCCAGCGACGGAAAAGAGCUUCCUCAACCCUACGUCUAUGCGGACGUACUGGCGGAAUCUUUCGGCAACGCUACCUUCACACCCUCACCCAUCACCCACAUCGAUGGCGAGGACGCCAAGGACUUCCUGGAAAACUGGGCUCAAUAUGGAUCCCUCCAAGAUCGAGACGCAUUGUACAACAACGUCUUCUAUGAGCUUGCGACGGUGUCACUUGGCCCCGUUGGAUCUGGUAUCGGUACUUUUGCAGGAUCUGGCCGCGGUCGCUGGAUCUACCCGGGUCCUACUACUGAGCUUACGUUCGAGAACGGUACCAGCCGUACCUACGACAACUUUGCGAAGGUCUUGAUUCCAUUUGAUGGUAUUACCGACGGAGAGAGCCUUUACAAGCUCUGGUUCACCGGCCCAACCCAAACUGAGGAGCCAACACCAUCAAACUCGACCUCAGCCACACCUACACCCUCAGCCACUACUUCGGCCACAGCAGUACCUACCAUUCCCGCACCUGGAUACCCACCCCCAGUUCUCCGUGAAGCACACAACUUGAUCGGCGGUUACUUCCUGGAGGACGACUACUCAGAUGUUGCUGUGCUCUCUGUGCCCUCUUUUGUUGGUAUCGAUGCACAGGAGGAAUUCCAAGCUACUGCUGCCAACUUCCUCGCCGCAGCCAAGUCUGCUGGGAAGAAGAAGCUCGUCAUUGACGUUUCAGCCAACGGUGGUGGAACCAUUCUACUCGGCUACGACUUGUACAAGCUUCUUUUCCCGCAAGAUAUCGACCACGCAGCUGCCGACCGUUACCGCGCAUUUGAGUCCACCCAGAUCCUGAACCAGAAGUUCUCUGAAGCUGCUGAGGGUGUACCCCGUGUGAUCGACAGCCAGAACGAAACACUCGCGGAGCUGGUCGACGGUGUUGUCUCCUCCGUCUUCAACUACCGAUCUGAUCUCGAUGUAAACAGUGAGAACUUUGAGAGCUGGCAGGACAAGUUUGGCCCUGGUCUCGAGCAGAAGGGCGACAACUUCACCAACCUCUUCCGCUGGAACCUCAGCGAUGUACUCAUUCCACUCAACUCCGGUGGCGUCUACGUUCACGGCUACGGCCCGCUUUCGAACUACACCCAGGCUCCUUUCGCCGCUGAGGACAUUGUCGUCGUUACCGAUGGUUACUGCGCGUCGACAUGCACCAUUUUCUCCGAACUCAUGCGCCAGCGCGCCGGCGUCAAAUACAUCUCUCUCGGUGGUCGCCCGCGUGAGGGUAUCACUCAAGCCGUCGGUGGUGUCAAGGGAACAAACAACUUCCCCUGGACCUACAUCCAAUCUCUCGCCCAAUACACCGUCGAAGAGCUGUCCACGCCCGAAGAAGGCGCUCAGCUCAACACUACUGAACUAGGCGAGUACUAUGACAACACAGUCUUCGAUCGCUCUUCCAACAACGCGAUUAACGUCAACUUCCGCGACGGUAUCCGUGAUGGAGAUGAGACAAACACACCUCUCCAGUUCGUCUACGAGCCCUCGGACUGUCGUAUCCUUUACACCAAGGCUAUGACGGUUGAUGUGACUGCUAUCUGGAAGGCUGUUGCUGAUUCUACUUGGGGUGGAGUCAGCCACUGCAUUGCUGGAGACCUCGGUGGCUACUCAACAUCGCGCAUGGCGAAGCGUGAGCUGAGCGUGUCUGAGAGGGCGCACAGCAAGAGGAUGCAGUCCUGGAGGAGGGACCUCAAGGCGGCUGACUACCCGCUUGAUGUCAGAACUGAUCUGAGUGGUGUUAGCUUUGACGGAAACGGCAUCAUGUGGCCGUAG